GGUCUAGGAGGCGGGGCCAUUUUCAGGUUGGGUACCGAUUGUCAAUUCUGGAACUGGGACUCGUUUUAUAGGAUCUAACCGUGAGGCUACAGGUAGUCUUCACAUCCCGUUAGCUAGUUUAUACAUUGAAUGAGAUAGCUAUAAUAGAAACGCAGCGAUAGACACGCAUAGAUGACGUGACAAGUGAAACGUUGAAAAAUAGAGCUAGAAAUUAGGUGCUCGAGUCAACAAUACGGAGCGCUGUGCAAGUGAAGUGAACCACCAGUGGCAAAGUGUCUAAAUUGAUAUUGGAGGACGCAGUAUGCCUCUGGAACAGGCUUGUCUAAGUGGGCGAGAGCCACGUGCAUCCAGUAAGAAUGCUGAGGACAGGAGCAACGCUGCCACCCUGCUGGCCUCAAGGAGUACUGCAGACACAGAGUCCAACAGAAGAGGCUCUCGCUGCGGCUCUGAAAAAGAUUCUGGAUAUUCGGACAACAACAGCUGCACAGACUGGCUCCAUGCGGAUAGAGAGGACCAGGGCAGCAGCGUGUUAGAGCCCAGGGGAAGGGAGGGUCUUCAGAGCCAGGUCAAGCCCGAGCAGGCCCCUCUCCAGGGGAAUCACAUCCUGGUCCCCAGCUUCGGAAGCCCUGACCUCACCCCCAUCUUCAUCAUCAAGAACGUGGUGCUCAAACAGGUGAAAGAGGUGGGAGGCAGGCUUGAGAAUGACUCAGACCAUCACCUCCAGAACCAGCUAAACUGGGAGAACAGAGAAGGAAGUCCCAAUGACUCUGGCCCCUGUCAUGUGAUCCUGGUCCAGCAGCCCAGUGAAGCCUCGGCCUCACCCGCAUCCCCAAAGCCCAACAGAACACAGUCCUGGAGAUCUGACAGCACAGCUAUGAAAACAAAAAGCAGAACCUACCUGCCCAUUCUUAAGUCCUACCCUCGUAUCGCCCCCCAUCCCAGUAAGAAGCCAUCAGACAAGACCCCAGUGGACCCCCAUGGUAAGGGGACUGGCAGGGAGGACCAGAGUCAGGACAAGAGGAUGUGUACAGAGGACAAGAGGGAUGAGGUGUCCACUACUACUCACUUACUGACACCAUCCAGAAAACAUAUCCGCAAGCAGCCAGACCCCAAUAGAAGCCUGUCCCACUGGAGGAGCCCUGCCUCAUCCCACUCCCCCAGCCCUCGCUCUCCCUCCACACUUUCCAGCUUUGUCUCCUGCUCUAUGUCCAGCUCCGACACCACCACCGCCUCCUCCUACUCCUCUUCCGGUGGCUCCUCUCCCCCCUCGGCCAGCAGGUGGCCCCGCAGGCACGGUCCAGGCCUGUCCCUGUUAAGUGCGGCUCGCGACAGGCGCUUCCUGAACACAGUGGGCAUCCUAAGCCAGUCAGGCCUGCUUGACAUCACGCUGCGGACCCAGGACCUCCUCCGCCAGAGCAACGCCACAGACCGAGACAUCGCCCAGCUCCGCCAGCACACACAGCUGCUGUAUCAGGCCGCCAACCACCACAACAACCCCUAUAACAAUGACCCUGAUAAUAACGACCCCAAUGCCAACACAGCCAACGCGGGCUGGGAGAGGAUACACCAGGCUAUGGCUCAGUCAGGCUGCUACCCCAGCCUCAAGAACCUGGGGAGUGAAGAGGAUCACAACAGUUAUAGUCCAGAGCCAGGAGUGGGAGGGAACGCCAGUUUCAAGAGGGAUUCAGUUGGCUGUAAUAUUGCCACUCAUGCCCACAAUGGGGUGGAGGCCCUGGUCCCAGCCUCGCCCCUCCUGGCCCCCAUGUCAGAUCUGCUCCCACAGUACUGCGCUGUUUCCCUGUCACAGCAUUCUCCAGUCAGCAUCACCACGUCCUGCUCUCGCUCGGGGCAGGCCAGUGCCAAACCCCCUGAGACAGUCACCAUCAUGCCCCCUGACAGUUCCACCCAUGGUGUUCUCUAGCACCUGCCCAAGGAAAGGCAGGGCAACUGGCCAGUUUGUAACCCUCUAACAGUCACUUCACUUCACUUCAGCUCCAACGAACCCAAAGUAUGUAGUCUGUUUAGUAACAUGUUUCUGACGGUUACCCCAACAGAGACAUUAAUGCAGUGAGGGAAAAAAGUAUUUGAUCCCCUGCUGAUUUUGUACAUUUGCACACUGACAA